AUGAGCGGACGCGGUGGAUUUUCCAGGGGUGGUGGCGGCGGCGGUCGCGGUGGCGGCUUCGGUGGACGUGGUGGACGCGGCGGUGGCCGCGGCGGCUUCAACCAGAGCUAUGGCCCUCCUGCCGAGGUGCUUGAGAUCGGCUCGUUCGUCCACCCAGUCGAGAGCGAGAUGCUUUGCUCUCUGACCCAGCCGACCAAGAUCCCUUACUUCAACGCGCCUAUCUACCUCGAGAACAAGACCCAGAUUGGCAAGAUUGAUGAGAUCCUCGGCCCCAUCAACGAGGUCUACUUCACCGUCAAGAUGGACGCCGGCAUGCAGGCCUCGUCUUUCAAGAAGGAGGACAAGGUGUACAUUGGCGGCGACAAGCUGUUGCCAUUGGAGCGCUUCCUGCCCAAGCCUCCUGCGCCCAAGGGCGAGAAGAAGCGCGGCGGUGCGACUGGCGGCCGUGGCGGUGGCCGUGGUGGUGGUCGUGGCGGAUUCGGUGGCCGUGGUGGUGGCCGUGGCGGGUUUAGCUCGCGCGGCGGUGGUGGUGGCCGUGGCGGUGGCCGCGGUGGGUUCAGCUCGCGUGGUGGUGGCGGCGGCCGCGGGCGGGGACGUGGUGGCUACUAA